CAGAGUUUUCAUUUUUGGGUAAACUAUACCUUUAAUGCAAUUACAUUUAUACAAUAUACGUCUGUUUUCAAAUACAUUUUAUAGAGUAUAUUGAAACUUUAAGUAAGGGAAACAUGUCUAAAUGAAUCAGAAGUGAUUUUAAACAAGUGCCAUUCAUUUCUAAAUAUAUGAUGAAUUCUGCCCAUCCCCCUCAUUUGGGUCCCAUGGUAUUGCCUGGUCCAUUGAGAGUGUUAAUGAGACUGUCCCAUAAUGUGUUCUGGUGGGGGCCAUUGUCUCUGGGAUGGGGGAGAGUACUGAAUGACUUACAUUUCUGUAUACAGGUUUCAGAGUUAUCAAUCACUGUUAUUGUUCUGUCAUUCAAAUGCAGAUGACGUUUUAAUAUAUGUGCACAGAUAUGCAUGCACGUUAUCUUCGCAUGGUUUGGCCAAGGGGAAAAGGGGGUCCUGGGAAUGAAGUGGAGAGGAAGUGAGGGCCAUUUUGGGGUUAGACAAUGUGUAGUGCUCCCAGCAGGGGAAGAAUAACUCUUGAGCAUCACACACGCACAGACGGCACACCAGGACUCUCACACUUAUUCACUUCCUUUCACACACCUCUGUCACAGCCAAUCAACUUUACACUUUGAGUGUCAUGUAAAGUGAUCGAUCUAUCUAUCUAUCUAUCUAUCUAUCUAUCUAUCUAUCUAUCUAUCUAUCUAUCUAUCUAUCUAUCUAUCUAUCUAUCUAUCUAUCUAUCUAUCUAUCUAUCUAUCUAUCUAUCUAUCUAUCUAUCUAUCUAUCUAUCUAUCUAUCUAUCUAUCUAUCACCAUUUAGCAUCUACAGAAAAAAGAAAGAACCGGUCACGCAUACGCAAACUCUCCCUAACCAAUCCAAUCUCACGUCCUGCGAAGACCCGCCCUUUCCCAGUUGGGGCACAGACAAUGGAGUAUAAAGACACCCAUUACUGACCUACUGCACUACACUGUACCUUACACCGACUCUUCAGCUCAUCCAUCCUCAGCAAUCAUUUUGGACUAUGACCCUUCCUGUGCCCGCUCUACUGCUGCUCAUGCUUGGCCCGGGCAUCGGUGCCCUGCCCAAUGGACACUGGGAUCCCCUCACGGGCUCUUCUCGUUGUGUGCCUAUCCCUACCAACAUGGCUCUGUGCCAGGGUCUGGGCUACAACACCAUGAGGAUGCCCAACUUGCUGGGACACGAAUCGCCAGCAGAAACUGUCCAGCAGAGCACCAGCUGGCUGCCGCUCCUCGCCCGAGAGUGCCACCCGCACGCCCGCAUCUUCCUCUGCUCGCUCUUCGCUCCCGUGUGCCUUGAGAGGAUCAUUUCACCAUGUAGAAGUUUGUGUGAGUCAGUACGGGACAGCUGUGCCCCCAUCAUGAGUUGCUAUGGUUACCCCUGGCCUAGAAUCCUCCAAUGUGACCAGUUUCCCAAAGAUCAUCUGAUGUGCAUUUCUUCAGUUGCGAGUAUGCAAAAUGGCACCAACAAUGAAGGAAGAGUGGUGCCACGUGCUAGCUGCACAGACUGUGAGUUAGAGGAAGCUACAUCAUCCAAAGACAUGCUGGAUCUUUUCUGCAAAAGCAACUUUGUGGUCAAGGUGCGUUUAUCUAAACUGAACUCCAGCAGCUCUGUCCUGACCAUGUUCUCACUGGGUUCUCGGGUUGAAGUUCUGAAGCAUGGUCCACUGCUGGGUGGGGAAAUGAGGAGUCGUCUGACUCUAUGGCUGGAGAGAGACGCCACCUGUGUGGGCAACCUGACCCGCCACCAUCCUCAUGGGGGAACCUUCCUGUUGACGGGCAAUGUGAUUGGCAGGAGACUGGUGGUCACCAAAGCCUUUAGCUGGGGGAAACGCCAGCGUUACAUCAACCAGGCCGCCCGCAAAUGGAAAAGCCACCGGUGUAGAGGAUAAGUGCGAAUUUUGUGGAGGUCAAAAUGUGUGCUGAGCUUUGUAAAUAAUAGAAAAUACCUGUUCUAUUAGGGGUGUCCGAGAUAUAUCGUGUGCGAUAAUAUCGCGAAUCUUGUUUUAACGAUGUGCAAAAUCAUAUUAUUGAGUAUAUCACGCAUUUUUUAAGCUCCACUAAAACAUCACUUAGUCUUCACAAAUACUUUAGUCAAGCACUGCGCGUGCACAUUCACAUCGCGGUUAGUAAUUAAAGGCGCGGGUAUACUUGACUUUCUGCGUCCGUGUCCGUCUCGUGUACAAAUGCGCCCGCACAGCUUCCUGCGCAUAAUCGAUCUCGGAUAUGCUCGGAUACGGACGAGUUCGACACAUGCGCAGUACAAAUGUGUAUGUAUACUCCACCAGAUCGUCAGAGGGCAGCACUGAGCUGCGUUAUUCACAGGCCCACUGCAAAUUAAUGAUAGAUGAAGUGUGGCUCCACCAUUGCAGACGACAGAAGCUGCGUCUCGUUUCGUAAGGCUGCGUCCUUGUGUCCUCCAGAGGUAUCAUCCUCUAAAGGAAGCGGUAUACGGAGGAUUCUCAACUUAGAAUUAAACGAGACGUCCUUAGUAGGACAUACUGGCAGAAAAGGAAACAGGAAGUACCACGUUGCAAUGACAACACGUUGCACUCGCACACCUGUCAAAUUCAUUAAAAUGAUUUCUACAUGAUUUAAAAGGUAAAAAGUAGGUUACUUUCUACCCUAAACAAAUAUACAAUCUUUGCCUUACUGUUUCAAAACUUAAAAAAAAACGAAACACUUGUAAACCUAUUUACUGCCUGCUAAAAUAAAAAAAACGUGACACAAACUGUAAACUGUUCACAUUUAAACACCACAUAUUUGAUUGAAUGUGCAGCUGUUGCCGUUUAUUCAAAUAACAGACGUUGGCCGACGCAAAGAAUUGUGGGUUAUCUCUAGCAACGAAGGAUACAGCUCAUGUAUCCUCCGAAUUCCUGUCGAAGAAGGUCGCAUUCGAAGGGUGCCUCGGGAGAGUCCUACCUGAUUUUAUGAAAUGAGACAGUCUCGAUGACGUAGCAGCCUUCGAAUGAGACCUCUGGAGGACGCAGCCUUACGAAAUGAGACACAGCCAGAGAUAACAAUUAGCUGCCCUGAACACAUCUCUAUACUCUCUUAAACUUGAAUUAUAUAAAUGCAGAUAUUUUUGAAUCUCCUCACACAAACGCUCGUUGAAUUUGUUCUCCAUUGUACUCAAACUCUUUGUUGUAGUGUUUUGGCUCCUCCGCUUCGGCGUGUUGCUUUUGUGUCGGUCUUCUUUGACAACUGCACACCGCAAACUUUCCGUGUGUGUAUUGCCACCUAGUGGGCUCUUAACAUUUUCUCGCGUAUGCGCUGUUGUAUGUGUUUCUUCCACGCGGUCUCAAAAUUUGGGACCCUUCUGAUGACGAAAAUUGCGACAGUUCGACUUUGUUUAAAAACAGUUAUAAAGAAAAGAGCAAUACAACUUAAUCUAAAACAUAAGCAUCCCACACAAGUUUGCUUUUGGUAGGCUACUUUUCUAUUCCAGGGUGCUUCUUGCUUGUAUGCUGCACAGUUCACCGUACACCAGUGAUGUGUUGUGUUUCUACUUGAAUGAUUCCAUGUAAAGGGAUAGUUCAUCCAAAAAUGGUUGAACUAUGUAAUUAUGAAAUAAUUACAUGUAUCCAGACAUUUACCAAAUCAUAAGUACAUUUGUCUUUUCAGACGGACUGUAAACAGACCGUCUUCUCUACCGAUGAGUUCAGUAUGUGCGUGAAGAGAAUUACAUGUAUAUAAAGCACAGUCUCACAACAUAUUUACUUGGACGUCUAAGCUGUUAAAGCUGGACAGAACUUUUUCAACACCUGUCAUUAAAUUUAACAUUUAACAUUAAAUGAGAAGAUUAGAAAGAGCAAUAUCAAAAAACGUGUGUGUGUCUAUUAGUAAGUAAAGAGAAAUAGAGCUACUUAGUACCUGAUCUGUGGAGAUAUGUCUGUCAUUUACACUUACAGAAUGCACAGUAUUCUUACAUAUUUUUAAUACAAUUUACAGUAACACUUCAGUAUAGGGGGCAAUUCUCACUAUUAACUAGUUGUUAUGAGAAUGCCUAUUAUUGGCAUAUUGGCUGUUUAUUAGCACUUAUAAAGCACAUAUUCUGCAUGACCAUACUCUACAUCCCUAAUCCUACCCAAUACCUAAACCUAACAACUACCUUACUAACUAUUAAUAAGCAUCAAAUUAAGAGUUUAUUGGGGAAAAAGUUGUAGUUAAUGAUUUGUUAAUAACGAGAAUUGACCCCUAUACUGAAGUGUGAACCAAUUUACUGAUUAUCGAUCU